CGGGUGUACGUAAUGCAUAUAAUUUAUAAUGGAAUCGAAAUGUUAAUUGUUUGAUCACGUCAAUUCGUCGAUUUUCUGGCUUUAGACCAUGGCCUUAGUUCGAGUGACGUCACAAAACGAGCACGAAUUUUUUAUCUCUAGACAGUGACCUACUACACAAUAAUAAAGUAGUACUUACUUAAAUGAUUGUCAAUGCGAUCUUUAGAUCAUAAUAUGAUCUAAGAUUUUAGAUUAUUAUCAUAUUAUUAAAUUUAUUUUAAUUUUUUUUUUUUAAUUUUAUGUUCUGUUAGAUUCAAGUUUGCGUUCGUUUUUAUGAAAUUUAAAUAAUUUUUUUUUCAUGUACCUAGGUAUCUAAUUUAGUUAAUACUAUAUUAUUCCGGUUUAAACAAAUGGAUGAAGGUAUGUGUGUUUCAGAAUAACUAGUGAGACGAUUGGAGUGAUUUUAAUCAAAAUAUACAAUACACACAACACAUCAGACAAUUAUGAUCUGGCAAAAAAAAACUUUAUUUGUCAUUUAUGAAACCCGGCAUAAAACACCAUGGAAACUGGGAAGUGUUAAAAAAAAUCGAAAAUAACCGAUAAGUAAUAUAUAACUGAUAAUAAAUCAUAUUCAAUACUGUACAUACUUUCGACAACCAUGCUUAAGGUCAAUCAUGUUAUCUCUCGAGUUUUUCGUAUUUUAACUGAUAAAACAUAACCAACAAAAACAUUUCAUUUGCAAAUUUGUUCUUUGAUGACUUCGGUCUUCAAUGUUCAAUAUCCUUCGGUUUUCAUUAAGUACUCAGUAAUUUCAUUGUGAAUUAACAGUUAAAGUUUUUAAUUACCAAACAUGUUUAGCUUAGAAGGUGACGAUAAAGGUAUAAUAACUGUUAUAAUGUGAUAAUUUCCUAUAACCUUUUCUCAAGUCGUGUAAUUGUAUUAUUAUUUUGUUUAUAAUAGCUAACCGCGGUAUGUUGAACAGUUUUCCAAAGGUCCCAUCUCCCUAUUUAAACUUUGACCCUCAACUAUUACCUCAGUCAUCUCAGCCAGAAUAUAUAUUUCUGGAAGGUGCUGGUUCUAAGCAACGAGGACGAUUUGAAUUGUCUUUCACGGAAAUAGGUACGUCUUGUUUAAUCGGUGCUACACUUGGAAGCGUUCGUGGAUUAUAUAGUGGCAUAAAAAUGACAUCAAUGGAAAAUCAAACUAGUACUUACAACAGAACACAGUAAAUGAUGCCAUUUAAUGUUGUUACCAACAAUUGUAAUUUUAAUUAACUAAGCGAUAUUAUUUUAUACAAUUUUCAGAAUCUUAAAUAGCGUUUUUAAAAACGGAGCUCGCUUAGCUAAUACAUUCGGUACAAUAUCCGUGUACUACAGUAUUUUCGGCAUCAUAUUGGAAAAAACUCGUGGAUGUGAAGAUGAACUUAAUACCAUUGUGGCAGGAACAAGUACUGGACUUCUAUAUAAAUCAACAAGUUGGUUUCCAAAAAAAAUUCUACUGAAAUUUUAAUUUUUGCUUAUAUUGCCUUGUUAAGAAAGAACACUGUACCUAAUAUGAAAAAUAAAAUAAAAAUAAAUAUGCAAAUAAUUCAAAAAUUUUCAAAAUCAGUGUUGAAAAACACAUCAUUUUUUUAAAUUAAUAUAAAUAAUGUUCAGUAUUUCAUCAAUAAUUAGUAUUCAGUACAAUUCAGUAUGCUAGGUUAAAAAGCCACAAACAGAAUUAUAGUAUUUUUGCUUAGUGAAUUAAUAAUGUACUUAGCAUAAAUAUAAAAAUCAAAACAUCUUGAUGAAAAAGUAGUUGAAAAUACAUGUUUAGGAUUUUAUUUUUUAAAAUUAUAAGAAAAUUAUAUUUAUGAAAUAGGAUUAUCAAAAAUAAAUAUUUUUUCACAAAAUGAUAUUGGGGAAAUUUACAACAUUCUUUCUUAACAAAGCAGUAUAGGUUGUGCCUAUAAUCUUUUAUUUUUCAAGUAACAGUAUAUUUUUAUUCAACUAGGUAUAAUCUGUGAUAGAAGUGGGUAAUUUAUAUUUGUUGUAGUGAUUGUUAAGUAGUUUUAAGUUCCUAAAUUUGCCUCAGUUAUGGAUACAGUUAGCCAUUGCUAUUUAUGUGCACAUUUGUCAAAAUAUGUUUCUAAGUAUUUUAGAAUACUGGUUGGUUCAUAGUGUUUUUGAAUAUUUUGUAUGUCCAAUAUGUAAAUAAAAGAGUGCAUAUGGUUUUGAUUUUGUUUUCGUGUUUACAACACAAUGUGCUUAAAUCAUACUAUUGAUGAAUUGUGAUAAUUUGAAUAAUUAUUCAAAUAAAUAUUUUCUACGAUAAUUUAUAUUACCGCAUUUAUUAAUGAAUAGUUUAUAUUUUAUUAAUAUAUAAUUUUUCUAUUAAAAAAAUAAUUACAAUAUUAUUUAUAAUUCUUGUAUAUUGUGUUUUAUUAGACUCGCCACUAAUAUGUACUUGUAUUUUUUCAUAGCCAAGAUAAACUAGGGCUUUAUCCAUUGUAUAUGGUCUUAGACAAUAUGAGUUUUAUUACUUUCUUAAUUAUCUAACAUGUAUCAUUAUUAUUUUUUUUUAAUAUAAGUAUAAUGAUCAUAGUGGAGUUUUUACAAUUUUGAAGAACUAAUUUAUAGUAUUUACAAAUGUUUGUAUAGUUUACUGGUAUUGAAUGUCUAACAAAAUUAAUCUUGAAUAUUUUCAUUCGUAAGCAAUAAUCUAUAUCCUUUUUGUUUUUUUAAAAUUAAACUAAGGAUUAGAGUAUUCCUUACACCUUAGUGUAAUAUUUAAACACAUAGGUGAAAACCUCCAAAUGUUGUUAAUGUGGAUUUGAAACAGUGUUUAAAAGUUAAUCAACCAAAUGCAGUUGAUUAUCAGAUUUAAACUCAGUUUAUACACCACAUAAACACUUAUUUAUGUUAGUGAAAACAGCUUUAUAAAAAUAUAAGAAAAUAAAUAUACAUUUCUAUUUAUACUAUAAGUAAUUAAAUUUCAUAAUUAUUAUUUAUAUUAAAUAUAUUCAGUAAUAAUAACAAUAAUAAUAAUAUUGGUGUUACAGUAAAACUUCCAUAUAAUGGUCACCGAAGGGACUAGAAAUAAUAACUGCUAUUUAGAGGUAUCCAUCCUUUAGAGGCAUAACACUUGAUGGGACCAAAAAAAUGUCUUGGAGGUGACCAUUAACAGAAGUUUUACUGUAUAUGUUAUAAAUACUUUGUCCCUUGGAAAAUAACAUAUAUUAAUAGAUUUAUAAAAUUCAAAUCUAAGUUAUAUAUAUAUAUAUGUCUGUGUAUAAAUAAUUAUUUGUUUUAAUUUAAUAUAGGUGGCCUUAAACGAUGUGGAAUUGGUGGCCUGGCUGGAUUUUGUUUAGCAACUGCUUUCAGUUUAAUUACUUCAAAAGAAAAAUUAAAAGAAAUUGGAACAAACCUAUUUUAGUUUAAAAUUGUUAAUUUUUUGUUCAUUAAAGUUUUUUAGCAGUGUGUUUACUAUGUAUUAUUCAAUGCUACCUAUUACCAUGUUUUAAAACCCUGUCAUUAUUAAAAUUGAUUGAGUUGAAAUACGAUACAUUGUAUAAUCGUAGAUCAUAAUUAUUAUUAAUGUUUGUUUUUUUUAAUAGUGUAAAUUGAAAUAUCAGUCAAUAAUUUGUACUAGUUUUGAUUUAAUAGUGUUAAAAUAUAGUUUUAAGGUAUGCAUGCAUAAUUUACAAAUUUAAAAUAUAUUCAACCAAUUAUAUUAUUCAUUGGUUUGAUAUUAUCACAAAUAAAAAUCUUCUAAUUAAAUUCUCACAAUAAUGCAUCUGGAUUUGAAUUGGAAUGAUUUUCUAAUUCUCUUAGAAAAAGUUGCCAAAAGUAUAUAAGCUUAACC